AGUUACUCAUCAGCACAGACUCUGGUUUUUCUCCACCUUUCCCCAACGGUUUUGGACAUGCAAGGAUUAAAAAGGAUACUGACUGCUUUCACACUGGCCGUCUGCCUUUCAAGCCCUGGAAGAGCACAGCAACAAUGCACUAAUGGGUUUGACCUGGACCGUGCCUCUGGGCAGUGCUUAGAUAUUGAUGAAUGUCGGACUAUUCCUGAGGCCUGCAGAGGAGAUAUGGUGUGUGUCAACCAGAAUGGUGGCUAUUUAUGCGUACCCCGAACAAACCCAGUGUAUCGGUCACCAUAUCUGAAUCCUUAUUCAAAUAUUUAUCCACCGCCCCCAGCACCAGGCCCCGUUCCUAACUACCCUACUGUUACAAGACCUCUGAUCUGUCGAUUUGGUUACCAGUUGGAUGAAAACAAUCAGUGUGCUGAUGUGGAUGAAUGCGCUUCAGAUUCUCACCAGUGUAACCCCACCCAGAUCUGCAUAAAUACUGAGGGGGGCUAUACCUGUUCCUGCACUGAAGGCUACUGGCUGUUAGAAGGCCAGUGUUUAGAUAUAGAUGAAUGUCGCUAUGGCUACUGCCAGCAGCUGUGUGCCAAUGUGCCCGGUUCCUACUCCUGUACGUGCAACCCAGGCUUUACCCUUAAUGAUGACGGAAGAUCAUGCCAAGAUGUGAAUGAAUGUACAAGCAACAGCCCUUGCACUCAGACCUGCGUCAACACCUACGGCUCUUUUCUCUGCCGCUGUGAACCUGGCUACGAACUGGAAGCUGAUGGAGUUAACUGCAGUGACAUGGACGAAUGCAGCUUCUCAGAAUUCCUCUGCCAGCACGAAUGUGUGAACGGGCCUGGUUCUUACUACUGUAUCUGUCCUUCGGGCUAUAACUUGCUUGACGAUAGCAGAAGCUGCCAAGAUAUCAAUGAAUGUGAAACCAGAAACUUCACCUGCACUCCACAGCAAACGUGUUUCAAUAUCCCAGGAGAAUAUAAAUGUUUAGACCCAGUAAGAUGCGAGGAUCCUUAUAUCCAGAUUAAUGAGAACCGUUGCAUGUGUCCAGCUGAAAACGCCGGUUGCAGAGAUCAGCCAUUCACCAUCUUGUACAGAGUGAUGGAUAUGGUGUCCGGGCGGUCUGUACCUUCUGACAUCUUUCAGAUGCAAGCAACAACUCGCUACCCUGGAGCCUAUUACAUCUUCCAAAUCAAAUCAGGAAACGAGGGCAGGGAAUUCUACAUGCGGCAAACAGGACCAAUCAGUGCUACUCUGGUCAUGACCCGCCCCGUGAAGGGGCCCCGUACUAUUCAGUUGGACUUGGAAAUGAUCACCGUUAACACUGUCAUCAACUUCAGAGGAAGCUCUGUCAUCCGGCUGAGGAUAUACGUAUCACAGUACUCCUUCUAAACCUCGAGUUUGUGCCCCGGAAACAUUAAAACAAAAGAGAUGGUUCCUCCUCUGCAGAACUCUCUCCUUGGAAGCCAGUACGUAUAGCAGCUCUAAACCAAACCAGUAUUUCCACAGACCCGGUGACCUAUGCCUGUCUGAGGAGGGAGGCCUCUUCAUACACAGUCCCUACCAGGAUGCAGACAUCUGAAGAUGUAUCGUCAGCAGAUCCCAUAUGAUUCUCUGUGUGGUCAUAUAUUUCAAGGACUCUUCUUUCCAUUGUAAACACUUCUAGGGUAUGAGUCUAUGUUUGAAAGACUGUGAACCUUUGUAGCUCCAAGGCUGCUUAGCAAAAAGCACCAAAGAAACUGAGGAAAAAGCUGGCUUUCGCAAUCUUGCCUUUUUUUUCAUUAUAAAUGGAAAGCAAACAAACAAGCAGAAACAGAAACAAAAAGCCACCUAUUGAAACAAGGGAUCUCGGAAGUGCUAACUAACAUUCCCAAUUAUCUCUGGAAUUACCAGUCAGGCACUUUGUCUCAAUUCACCCUGCAUUUGUCUUAGUUUCACCUGUUUUUUCCUUUGAUUCUAUUUUAUAGUUAA